AGUGAGCAUGUGGAGGGCGGAGACAUGGCGCACGUGGCAGGUCUCCUCCUCUCCUCCUCCGCCUCUCUCCUUUUCCCUUCCUCUUCCUCCUCCUCCUCUCGUCGCUUCUCUCUCCCCAAACCCUACCGCUCCUCUCCCUCCGCACUCAUCAUGGCGGCAUUAAACGAUGAUCCGAUCCGUGAAUGGAUUCUGACCGAAGGAAAGGCCACGCAGAUUACAAGGAUAAGUCCUAUCGGCGGCGGGUGCAUCAAUCACGCGAGCCGCUAUGAUACUGAUUCUGGUUCCUUCUUUGUAAAGACGAACAGAAGGAUUGGACCGUCAAUGUUUGAAGGCGAGGCCCUUGGUUUGCGUGCAAUGUAUGACACCAAAUCAAUUCGUGUUCCCCUGCCAUUUAAGGUUGGAUCUUUACCAACUGGUGGUUCCUUUAUCAUUAUGGAAUUCAUUGAAUUCGGAACCUCUAGGGGAAGUCAGUCAGUUCUAGGACGAAAGCUCGCCGAAAUGCAUAAAGCCGCAAAAUCCGACAAGGGUUUUGGGUUUCCUGUUGACAAUACUAUCGGCAGUACUCCACAGAUAAACACUUGGACUUCAGAUUGGAUCGAGUUUUUUGCCGAGCAUAGGCUAGGAUACCAAUUAACAUUAGCGCAGAACCAGUUUGGGGAUUCGAGCAUAUAUGAAAAAGGUCAACGACUGAUGAAGAACUUGCGGCCACUUUUUGAAGGUGCCGUGCUUGAGCCAUGCUUACUCCAUGGAGAUUUGUGGAGUGGAAACAUAAGCGCUGACAAGAAUGGUGAUCCUAUUAUAUUGGAUCCAGCAUGCUACUAUGGGCACAAUGAGGCAGAAUUUGGGAUGUCAUGGUGCGCUGGAUUUGGCGGAUCAUUUUAUAAUUCCUAUUUUGAGGUUAUGCCGAAACAGCCAGGUUUCGAGAACCGGAGGGACCUCUACAUGCUGUACCACUACUUGAAUCACUACAACCUGUUCGGGUCGGGAUACCGAUCUUCGGCGAUGUCGAUCAUCGAGAACUACUUGCAGGUGUUAAAUAUUUGAACUUUUGAUUUAUUCACACACUGCUCCAUGUAAAUUCUGUAUUUAUCUGCUCUUUGCUUCUUUGUGCAAAUUGCUUAUGUUAAAUGAUUCUCUGAAUUGCUCUUUCUUGUGAGAAAUGACUUAUUCGAAUACCUCAAAGCUCUCUUUUUAGCUUGGCCACCUAA